GACAAAGGGAUGGCCACACAGAGGGCCAGGCUCCACCCUCAGCUGACCUCUCCUAGCCCCCCAAGCCUGCGGCUACCCUGCAUGGACCCCGAGACGACAGAAGGGCUGCACCCCUCUCAGCUGUAAUCGAAACUCAGUCACCUGGGUCCUCAGCCAGCUCCAGUUCCUGGGCUGAGAGGCGGGCCUGGCUCUGACCAUCAGCCACUGUGGGGCCCCAGACCUUCAGGGUGCCCACACCAGAGGUGCAGCAGGGCAGGCGCCCAGGACCAUGUGCCAGGAAAUGAAGACCCUGGAGCGCCCCCUGAGCCCCAACUGCCCACCAGAGAUGCGGCGCCGGGCCAAGAGAGACCGCGAGACCAGCACCAGCAUGCCAGGGCUCAGGCCUGAGCAGGAAAGUCGCCGGGCACUGCCACCCUCCAUCCUGAGACGCAGCCAGCCAGAGGCCAGCAGCAGUGCCAAGGGGCCCCGAAGGGGGAGGAAGCGUGUGAGGUUCCGAGAGCCCCCGGAGGCCGCUGUCCACUGUGUCCCCUGCAGGGACCUUCCCGCCACCACCAGGGUGCCAGCCCGGCCCAUGCGGCCCACCCCCCGCGGUGGCAGCUCCCUGCUCCUGUGGCUGGCCCUGUGUGUCCUGCUCGCCGUGGCCCUGGGCCUGUGCUGUGGCCACACCAAGCCCGUGGCACUGGCUCUGCAGGACCUCCGGGCCCGGGCCGUGGUCCUCGCCCUGCGCCUGCAGCACGCAGCCUCCACCUGCUGGCAACGCCUCCUGCAGCUCUGAGAGACGGACAGACAGAAGGAUGGUGAGAUGGAGGGACCCACACACUCAGGGCCUGUGACACCCUUAAUGACGUGAGCCCCCAGACUCAGGGGGCGCUCAUGUCCUGUGGCCAGGACACCACAGGGGGAGAGGCCCUCUCCCCCAUGGAGUCGGCAGCUCUGAGAGAUCUGGGUGGACAAGACCCACUACUAAAGCCCCUCACCCCAACUGGAACACUAGGUGUCCCCUGGCCUGUCACCACUGUGGGAGACCCCUGUCCGUGUCUGUGGACAGCCAGGGAAAGGGAGACCCCAUAAACCCCUCAGGACCAAUAGUGAGAUUAUCAAUACCAGGAGGGGAAGGGGAAGGCAGGGGAGAAAGGGGAAC